UGGAAGCCCGUCUUGGAGAAAGUGGAAAUCUUUGCAUCGCUCAUCGAGGACAUAGGAGACCUCCAUCCUUACGCCAAGAUAGCAUCCAAGGUCCUCCUUUCGGUCGUGAAGGUAGGCUACAAACGUGACAACGCAAUGGCCGAUCUUCUCGAGGCGAUGAACGAGCUCUAUGGACUGGUGAACAAGACCCGUCGUCUGUCCGACCUGGACGAAUACCGCCAGAGACUGCUCAAGGAUAUGUCCUCGAAAACAGAGGAAUGCGGCAAAUUCAUCCAGGACGAGGCUCGUUUCACGAAUUUCUGGAUUCGAACAGGAAGCAACGUGAUCACGGGUUCACGCGUAGACGAGAAAAUCCGGGACUUCACCGAGGCUUUCGUGGACCUUCGCCGGUCUUUCACCGAAGCAGGAGUGCUCGAAACCGAGAUCCGGGUGGCAAACCUUGCAGAUUCUAGCAAAAUCGACAAUCUGACCCAUGUCCGGGGCGCAGGACUGGAUUCAGGUAGAGCUUGUCUCGAGGGCACGCGCGUGAAGACGUUGGGCGCGCUCCGGGAUUGGAUCAACAACUCAAAGGCCGAUGCCCCCCGCGUGCUCUUCCUCCUCGGCGGUGCUGGGACAGGCAAAUCUUCCAUCGCCCAUUCCAUUGGCGCACACUCGCGGGAUCGUCGCCGCCUAGGCUCCUUCUUCUCCUUCAAUCGUACGUUCCAGUCGGAGCGUCCGCCGAAAUAUGUGUUCAGCACGAUUGCACACGAUCUGGCGAAUUGGAACCCCGCCUUCCGUCGUGCGCUCGCGAACGUCCUCCAUGAUCAGGGUGACCUCGUAGGGUCGGUCGACAUUGCGAAACAGUGGGAGGGGCUUAUUCUCGAACCACUCAAGAGGGUGGACUUGGUUGGGCCGGUGGUUGUCGUCGUCGACGCGUUCGAUGAAUGUAGCUCUGCUGAUGCGCCCGAGCGCCGUCUGCUGCUGAAGCUUCUCACGGACGGUUCCAGGAAGCUCCCUGCCAACUUCCGUAUCCUCAUCACAUCCCGUCCUGAGCACGAUGUCAUGCGUAUCGUGGGCCGCUCUGAGGACGACCAUCGGCACAUCAACCACAUCAGCCUCGACGAGAACAAGGAAGAGGCAACAUCGGACAUCGCGCUGUACGUGCGUCACGAACUGGCUCCCGAUAGGUCGCUUGCCGAUGAAGCGCUCCAAGACGGGGACUACCGCCUGCUGGUGACCAAGGCGGAGGGCCUGUUCCAGUGGGCUGCAACGGCUUGCAGGGUUCUGCUUCAGAACCCUGCCGGUCUGACGUUACAGGAGCGACUCAACUUACGUCUAGGCGCUGUCUUGGGAGGGGGCCCCUUCUCCCUCGACGACCUGUACCGAAGCAUCCUGGAGCAACUUUUCGACCUGAACGAGCCUGUGCUGGCGGAGCGUUUCCGUUCUGUGAUGGCACAGAUCUUUUGCGCUUCCUCUCCACUGUCAAUUGCGUCGCUGGAUGAACUGCGUCGUCUUGCGACCGGCGGGAAGAGAGACGAGAUCACUCUUGUGGUGCAGUAUAUGGGCCCACUUCUCUCCGGGGUAUCCUCCCGGACGUCUGCUAUCCGUCCUCUUCACACAUCGUUCCGCGACUUCCUGACUGAUGCGGCUAGAAGCGGGGAGUGGUUCGUGAACCUAACGCCAGGGCAUUCCACCAUGGCGCUCGGGUGCUUCCGCGUCAUGAACAAUCGACUGUCGUUCAACGUCUGCCGCUUGGACUCGUCCUACGUCUCGAACCGUGACAUUCCUGACUUAGAAGCUCGCCUUUUUAUGCAUGUCCCUCAAAGUCUCUCGUAUGCGGCGUGCAACUUGAAAGACCACCUCGCUGGUACCACUCAUCCCCCAGACAUGCAACAAGAACUAGGCAGGUUUUUGCGAGAGAAGCUUCUGUUCUGGUUCGAGUUGCUUAGCCUCCUCAAGUGCGUCAAUCGUGCUGCCCCUUCGUUGGAAGUAGUGCUGAAGGGAUACAAUGACUCUGGAAGCUACCCAUUAAAGGAGCUAUUGCGCGAUGCGAUUUCCUUCAUCCGCCGCUUUGCCGGUAUCAUAGCCCAGGCCGCUCCUCACGUCUACAUAUCAGCCCUGCCUUUCUCUCCGACUUCGUCACAGGUCCGGAACCUGUACCUUCCACAUUUCCCCUCCCUUCCGCUCGUCGAUGGUGUUCGUGACCGUUGGCCGCAGGAGCAGACCGCUCUCUCCGGGCAUGAAGGUGCAGUGUGUACCGUGGCAUACUCCCCCGAUGGUCGGCGCAUUGUGUCAGGAUCACUUGACAAGACAUUGCAAUUAUGGGAUGCGGAGACGGGCGAAGCACUCUAUGAGCUCUCUUGUGACUCCUGGGUCUAUAGGGUUGCUUUCUCUCCAGAUGGCCGCCACAUUGCCAUAGCGCUCUCGGAUUCGACGCUGCGUAUAUGGGAUUCCACGACAGGUGAAGACGUUUGUGAACCUCUGCGGGGUCAUGAGGGCGCAGUGCGGUGUGUUGCGUACUCUCCAGAUGCACAUCGCAUUGUAUCUGGCGGUGAAGAUGGCAUCAUUUGCGUUUGGUCAACGGAGACACUGGGGAUAGUUGAUCGACGUAUCCUUGGCCACGCAUCCCUCGUUUACUGCAUCGCCUUCUCUCCGACUCGUCAAUACAUCGUGUCGGGAUCCGUGGAUCGCACGGUGCGGGUUUGGGAUGUCAUAGAAGGGAAGGCUGUAGGGAAGCCUUUUGAAGGUCAUACGAAACCUGUUACUUCUGUCCUUUUCUCGCUAGACGGUCUUCGGAUUGUCUCGGGAGGAUCGUUGGACUCGACAAUCCUGGUCUGGGACUUGAGGACCCACCAGACGUUGGCAACGAUAUUUCACCCCAUUCUGACUCUUAUAUGGUCUCUAUCGCUCUCUCCCGACGGCAGGCGCGUCGCCGCUGGAUGUGGGAAUGGUCUCAUAUCCAUAUGGGACAUGGAAACAUACGAGAUGGUCGGGGGGCCGUUUGUUGGGCACAGCGGCUACGCAAGAGAUGUCACCUUCUCGCCUGACGGCCGCCACAUUGCAUCCGGCUCGGAUGAUACGACGAUCCGGAUAUGGUCCGCAGAGGAGAGCGUGAGCGUGGAAAGCCCUGACAGCCCUGACGAUGUCUCUUCUGAUUCAUCAGUCUUCGCAUACACCCGCCGUCCGACCUCGCUCGCAUAUUCACCUGAUGGACGCCGGAUUAUAUCGGGCUAUGACACUGGCACCAUCGACGUGUGGGAUGCGGACACUGGCGAAUACAUCAAUGGAGAUCUGCAGGGACAUGACCUUGUGAUAACUUGUCUCAGGUUCUCUCCGGACGGCACUCGCUUUGUUUCCGCCUCGUAUGAUGGAACCAUCUGUGUAUGGGAUUCGACGACACUCCAGUUGAUCGGAGGGCCUCUGCAUGGCCAUAUGGACGAGGUACUAGACAUCGAUUACUCCCCAGACGGCCGUCGGAUUGCCUCAUGUUCGAAGGAUCGCACUAUUCGCAUAUGGGAUGCCGAGACUUGCGAUUCUCUCAACCUGGGUGCAUGGGCCUGGGUUCGGUCGGUUUCAUGGUCCAAGGAUGGACGGUAUGUACUGUCAUCCCACGAGGACGGCACCAUCGUAUCCUGGGAUUUGGAGAGAUGGGAACCAGCUGGCGAGCCUUUACGCGGUCACGCGGGCAAUGUUACCCAUCGUAUGUAUCCCCCGGACUACCAACGGAUCGUGUCUUGGGGCGAGGAUCGGACAAUCCGGAUGUGGGACGCA